AUGAGCGCGUCUAAGCCAGAGGAUCUGCUAGCUCAGGAGUUGAGCUGUCCCAUUUGCCUACAGCUCUUCUCUGACCCUGUCACUCUACCAUGUGGUCAUAACUACUGCAUGGAUUGCAUUAGUGCAGCUACACCGUCUGACAACCCAAAGAGCCCAGCCCGUUGUCCAGAGUGUCGGGAGGAAUACAACAGCCCAGACCAGCUCCAGAGGAACUUCAAACUCAGUGGCAUUGUGGACGGCUACCGCUCUGCCAUGGAAGGGGGUGGACUGAAGACCAUGGAGGAAGAGGAACAGAAAACCGUGGUGACGUGUGACCAGUGUCUGGAUGGGCCAAUGCCAGCUGUAAAGAGGUGUCUCCGAUGUGAAGUGUCACUUUGCCUUGGGCACCUGCAAAGGCAUGAGGAGAGGCACCAGUCCCGUGGGCACGUACUGGCAGAUCCAAUUGUGCAAGAUCCAAUGGAGAGGUGCCAACUCCAUAGGAAGAAGCUGGAAUUUGUUUGUGGCCUGGACCGGACGUUUCUCUGUACCACGUGUGUAGUAGAGGGAACCCAUCAGAACCAUGAAAUUCUGACUGUUGAGGCUGCAGACGGAGAGAUGAGACAUCUACUGGGGGUCCACGCUAAAGCUACCACAGACAGGCUCCAGAUGACCAACGCACUGCUGAAACGGGCUAGAUCAGCAAACCAACCCUCUGACACCCCCACUGAGAAACUGGUCUACAAAGCAGAGUCUGUACUGGAUAAUAUGCUGGCACUGGUCAAUGGUUACAAGGAUCGUAUGAAAGAGCUGAUGGAGACAGAAGUUCGUCAGAGGGAGAAAGAGUGGCAGAGUAGUGUAUAUACUCUGGAGGACCAGGAGCAGUUGCUUCAGGAGGCUAAGAGUAGUGCCGCAGAAGUCCUAGCUGAGACCAAUGAAUUUCGUUUCAUUCAGCGUUACCUCAAAAUUGAAGCUCGACUCCGCUACGCAGCAUCUCUCUCCGUUGCUGAGCUCCCGGCGAAUGCACCAGCCGGAACCAAACGCCUGCGGGCUGAGAUGCGCACAGACGAAUUUCGCUAUGAGAUGAGUUUACUUCUACAGUCACUUCACGGCCUUCUAAAUCCUCUCGACCUCACGUUCAACCCCAAUACCGCUCACCCUAACCUAAUGCUAUCUAAUGACCUACGAACGGUCAGAUACAACUCCGCCAAACAAGGUUUCUCAGAAAACAGUGAGCGUUUCACCAGCGUGGUUCAGGUGCUUGCCUCUCAGGGUCUGUCGCGGGGGGUGCACGUGUGGGUGGCGGAGCUGGAGCCCUGCACUAUGUGGUCCCUGGGUUUGUGUUACAAGAGCAUUGCGCGGAAGGGAGAUCACAGUCGACUAGGUCAUAACUCCAGUUCCUGGAGGCUGCAGUGGAAGAAUCGUAAAAUGACAGCAUGUCACGAAUCUGUCAAUUUAACAGUGCCAGAUGCGCCGACCGUCGCACCACAACGGGUAGAGGUAGCGCUGGAUUAUGAGGGUGGCACUUUGUCCUUCCACUGCGUUAGCGGGAAGAGACGCCACCUGUACACAUUCCAUGCUGUAUUUCGUGAGACCGUGUAUCCUGCAUUCAGCAUCCACUCCACUACAGACCAGUCCUGGAUCACUCUCCUCAGUGGGGUUUAA